UCCACUUCGGCGCAGCCGAGAGCACGAUGGCCGCGGGGGAGCCAGGGCGUUUGCGCGGCUACUACUUCAGGUUCCUGCCUCAGAGACCCUUCCAGUCUCUGAGCACCCAGGAGACCGCCAGCCGGCUCCGCCAGUGGUCCAUGCUGGGCAGAGUCAAGGCGCAGGCCUUCGGGUUUGACCAGACGUUUCAGGCCUAUCGGAAGGAUGAUUUCGUUAUGGCUUUUUUCAAAGACCCAAAUGUCAUUCCCAAUUUGAAGUUACUUUCAGAGUCUUCUGGACAGUGGAUUACAUUAGGAACCGAAGUGGAAAGAAUUGAAGCUAUAAACGUUCCUUGUACACAGCUUUCAAUGUCAUUUUUCAGUCGGUUAUAUGAUGAAGAUAUUGUACGAGACAAUGGACAUAUUGUUAAAUGUUUAGAUUCUUUUUGUGAUCCCUUUCUUAUUUCUGAUGAGUUACGAAAAGUUUUGCUAGUGGAAGACUCAGAAAAAUAUGAAGUAUUCAGCCAAUCAGAUAGAGAAGAGUUCCUGUUUUGUCUUUUCAAACAUCUUUGCCUUGGUGGAGCCCUUUGUCAGUAUGAAGAUGUGCUUAAUCCGUACCUGGAAACAACAAAGCUUAUCUAUAAGGAUCUAGUGAGUGUUCGAAAGAAUCCUCAAACCAAGAAAAUACAAAUUACCUCUUCUGUCUUUAAAGUUACAGCAUAUGAUUCUGUUGGUAUGUGCUACCCUUCAACAAAGAGUCAUGAACAGACAUUUUCUUACUUUAUUGUGGAUCCUAUCAAGCGUCAUGUUCAUGUUUUAUACCACUGUUAUGGUGUGGGAGAAAUGCCUUAACAAUGUUCUUUCAGAUUAUCUAUACUUAUUUUUUUUAUUUACCAAUUUUUUAUUUUAAUACUGAUUUAUAGAUAAACAUUUACUUUGCAAGCUAAUUCAAGUAAAGUGCGAAGAACCUGCUUACAGCAGAAGAAAACCAACACUAAGAUGCUUUUUUUCAAAUUUGUCUGGAAUACUAACAUGGGAACAAAAUUACAUCCCUAACAUAAUCUAUACCAAUACAGUUGUGGAAUUUUUACAGAAAGUUACAAAGAACUAAAACUAUAGUUUAUAUUUGUUGCACUAAGAUUCAAGUGAGUGCUCAAUUUUCCAUGUAUGUUAUUUUAGAAGCUAAUUAAUUCUGAAUUGAAAUUGUGGCAGAAAAUUAAACAUCUGAUUGUUAAUUAAACUGAUUAAUUAAUUAAACAAAUAUGAUCAUUAA